CCCCCCCCACCACCCCCGCCGUGUGAGGGCCUACAGCCGUGUGGCUUCGCCUAGCCGAUCCCACGGCGUUCUUCCACUCCUCUCUCUCUCUCUCUGCCCUCGCCGUAGCAGCUUCCACGUCUCCCCAUCCCCUCUUUCCUCUCUCCUCUUCGUUGUCUGGCGCGCUCCCCUCGGCUUGUUGCGAUACCGUCCGUUGUUGCCCGCCAACAUUUCCCCCCCCCUUCACCAAGUCGGCCAGAUCCUCGGCGUUUUCCUUCCACGCGCGCGCUUCUCCACCACCACCACCCACCCCACGCCGAACCCGAGCCACCAUGGACACGAUCCUGGAUCAGCAGCGGCGCUACCACGAGGAGCGAGAGCGCCUCAUGGAGACUAUGGCGAAGGAGCAGCUGCUCAAGAAGGCGUCGACGCGGGAGCAAAUCAAUUCCGACCACCGACUAAGAGUGCUGCUGGAUAGGUACAUGGAGGUCAGUCGCACCUUGCGAGAUCUCUACGAAGAUAAAGAUGGGCUCCGCAAGGAGGAGGUGAACGCCCUCUCGGGACCCAACGAGUUUGGAGAAUUUUACAACCGUCUGCGGCAAAUCAAGGAAUUCCACAAGAAGCACCCCAACGAGAUCUACAUUCCGAUGUCGGUGGAGUUCGACGAGCUGGCCAGGGCUCGCGAGAAUCCCGCAGACGAAGCUCAAAACAUGGCGGAGUUCACCGAUGAGGAAGGCUAUGGCAAGAAUCUGGACCUGCACAACUGCUAUCUCAAAUUCAUCAACCUCAAGGGAGCCGAGAAAAUCGACUACAUCACGUACCUGUCGACAUUUGACCAGCUCUUCGAUGUCCCUCGUGAACGGAAAAACACGGAGUACAAGAGGUAUCUGGACAUGGUGCUCGAGUACCUGCAGGACUACACGGACCGUGUGAAGCCACUUCUGGACCAGAAUGAACUUUUCGGAAAGAUCCAAACGGAUCUCGAGCGGAAGUGGGACAUCGGAGCGUUCCCUGGCUGGCCUAAAGAGACGAGCAGCGCCCUCGCUCACUCGGGAGCUCACCUGGACCUCUCCGCCUUCUCCUCCUGGGAGGAGUUGGCCUCCCUGGGUCUGGAUCGACUGAAGUCCGCCCUCAUGGCACUGGGGUUAAAGUGCGGCGGCACUCUAGAGGAGCGAGCUCAGCGCCUCUUCAGCACCAAGGGGAAGUCCCUGGAGUCGUUGGACCCCUCGCUCUUCACCAAAUCCAAGGCCAAGAGCUCCAAGGGCAGCAAGAAGGACAUGGAAAGAAACAAGGAAAUUGCUUUGCUGGAGGCACAGAUUUAUGAAUACGCAGAGAUCCUCGGGGAGCAGCGGCAGCUGACGCGCGAGAACGUCCAGCGCAAGCAGGCGCGCACGGGCGAGGAGCGCGAGGAGGAGGACGAGGAGAACCUGAGUGACAGCGACAGCGACGACGAGGAGAACGAGAUCAUCUACAACCCCAAGAACCUGCCACUCGGCUGGGACGGCAAGCCCAUCCCUUACUGGCUCUACAAACUGCACGGACUCAACAUCAACUACAACUGCGAGAUCUGCGGAAACUACACGUACCGCGGGCCCAAGGCCUUCCAGAGACACUUUGCGGAGUGGCGACACGCGCACGGCAUGCGCUGCCUGGGCAUCCCCAACACGGCGCACUUCGCCAACGUCACCGCCAUCGAGGACGCCGUCGCACUGUGGUCCAAGAUCAAGCAGAGCAAGCUGUCGGAGCGGUGGCAACCGGACACGGAGGAGGAAUUCGAAGACUCGACCGGGAACGUGGUGACUCGCAAGACCUACGAAGACCUGCAGCGCCAGGGCCUGCUGUGAGCCGUGGCUGCUGGAAACCCGCAACAGAGACGGGGAAUAGUUUGUGUUGCAUACACAGAUGUCUAUGUCCACCUUGAAAUGCGGUUCAUCGACAGAGCCAGGAUAGUUUAGUGAACGAACGUACAGAUACGCACACAUACAAACGCACGGACAACAUCCACACAGACGCACUCGCUCGGAUCAAAAGAAGUCAAUAAGAUCCCUUGUACAGCGUUAUCGACUGCUGUUGGUGAAGGGCCUGUUUAGGCCAACGUGGUGCACAAGUGGCUGAUGUGGCCAGCACCAAGCCUGGUCAUCUUUGUCUCCCCUCAAUGCUGAUGUUUACACACCGAUCCAAAUGCUUUAGGUUAAGGCUGAGUCAAGCGCUGAGGAAGUCCAGUUAUGAUACUACUUGCCUCUCUUCUAUAGUCAUAGCCUGGAAUUGAGCUUGGAUCCCCAGGUUUAUUUUAGCACGGUGCGCUAACCCUCAUUGCACCAUCGCUCGCCACGCAGCCUUGAACGAGUACCUGGCGCAGUUUGUAAACAUCAGCACAGGGAAGACAAAGGUGGCCGGGCAUGUUGCUGGUCAUACCCUCCCACCUCAUGGGGACUGCUUGGCUUAAUGGGCGCAUCAACUAACAGCACUCGCUCUGGCAGUCUCUGUGGCUUUACGAGUGGGGGGGAGAUCUUUAUUCAGAAGUUAGAACUUUUAUUUCCCCAGUAAAGCCCGCUGUUGGUCUAUGCAGCUCUUUUUCAAGGGUAGCUCAGUCUGCAUGUGUUACACAUGCAUACAGACACAGACAAAGCCCCCCCGUGUAGCCUUAACAGACUUGGGGCAAGUGCGGUUAGCGAGCAGCACCUAUGAAGGCCGGCACGGCACCCGACGGGGGUGGGUGUCCAGCACCACGCCUGGCCGCCUUUGUCUCUCAGUCUUGACGUGUACCCACCGAAUCGGUUACUCAUGUACACACACACACACGUACACAUGGACAGGACUUGAUUAGACUGUUGGGGCCAGUGUUUGUAAGCCUCUUAUUACCCUUAUAAAAGCCCAUUGCUAUACAGUAAAAUUUCUUUUUUUUUUUUUACCAGAACCAUCUAGGCAAGAGUAAGUAAAUGAUUUCGGUUUUUUUGUAUCAUUAAAUCUUUGUGAACGGGUUAGAAUUGUCAAGGUUAGGGCCAGCGGACCGGUAUGUCUUGUGCGUUGACCACGCCAAUUCGCAAAGCGUAACGUCGACGCGUGGAGCUUGCGUUUCUCCGCUGCUGGAUGGGGGGGGACCUGAUGGGGACCAGCUGAUCGCCACACGGUGUGCGCAGAGAGGCUAUUUGACCAUACUUCACCACGCUUGGUCGGCUGGUAAAAUCAUUGGGGGGUGGGAACUUUGAUACGGGAGCGUAGAAGUACGGUACAACCGUGGUUCUUUUUGGUACACUGCCAUAUUGCUCUGCAGAAUAGGUCCGCAUCAGCCUAUAACAGCGCCCGCUGCGCAUCACGCACAACAUCACUCGUACGAAGAUGGAGAGACGUAUUUCCCCGUGUUGCUGUGCAAAGCGCUAGGUUCCUUCUCACCGGAUUUCCAUCGGCAGCGUCGGUCGUCGGGGCCAUUGUUUAUCCACUGCUGGAUGAAGGCCUGCAAAACACCAUCUCGGUCCUGCUCGGAUGUGCGUUUAUUUUAAUAAAAAGAAACAUUCAGAAAA